AUGCUAUCAUACCAAAAGACUGUGUUACCCACUCCAGAGAUCUACCCAGCACAUCACCAGGAUAAGGCGAAUUCCAUCAAUCCAUCCGACGGCUUUCACCUACUGGUGAGAGCGCUGUCAGAUGUUCUCGGCCCGUCAUCCGGCAUUGACUCUGCUGAUGUAGAUGAAAAUGACCUCAUUCGUUUGAUGCAGGAGUAUACCUCGGAGGAAGCACAUUGGCAUCAGUACGCCUUUGCCGAUCCAUCUCGGAACUAUACCAGAAAUUUGGUCGAUGAGGGCAACGGGAAGUCGAAUUUGCUCAUUGUGGUAUGGAAUCCUGGACGAUGUAGCCCUAUUCACGACCAUGCAGAUGCACACUGUGUGAUGAAGCUUUUGAAGGGCUCCCUCAAGGAGGUUCUCUACGACAAGCCCCAUUGCAGCACCGACCCGACCGAAUCCUCUGGCACAGUGACUCCCCCACGUAUAGUCAAAGAGGCCACUUUCUCCGAGAAUGAGGUCACCUACAUCUCUGAUAGCAUUGGUCUGCACAAGAUAUGCAAUACAUCCGAUACCGAACCUGCAGUCUCCCUCCACCUCUACACCCCGCCCCAUGCAGCCAACUUCGGUUUCAACUUGUUCGAUGAGAGUACAGGCAAACAGACACACGUUAAACAGGCGGGAUUUUACUCGGAUCGUGGAACUUUGGUAGAGAAGUCCAAGUUUGGCGCUUUUUGA